CACAGCGCGUUCCUUCCCGUCCAAGCCUCUUCCCAGGCAGGAGCACGCCGACUGCUUGGCCCUGCUGGUGGCUCCGCUUGUGGCAGGGACCUGGCGGGCUGGGGAUUGCUGGGCCAGGUGCUCUGUGGCCCCGAGUGACUCUGCAGUCAUGCUGCAGUUGCUCCCAUUCUGGUGUCCUGUUCUUGAGAGCUGCCUGUGUGGAGACCUUCCAGCCCCAGGUCAGAGAAAGUAACAAUUGGAAGAAGACCGAACAUCCUCAGUAAAACACCCAUGACUGCUCUACUAAAGCUGAAGAUGGACAUAUCAUGCUGAAUCCUUAGACUGGGGUCAGAAGAAAAGUUACAGCAGGAAAUUCUGCUUCAGACGUGCCCACUCAGCACCACGAUGUCUGGAAAGGGUAAAGGUGGCGCUGAAGGUAGUGCUGAUUCCUACAUUUCAUGCCACAUAGACUCUGAGUUUCGCUACAACCUCUUCACUGUUUUCUACAGCAUCAUUUUCAUCCUGGGCUUUGUUGCCAACUGCUAUGUGCUCUGGAUUUUCAGCCGUAUUUACCCCACCAAGAAACUCAAUGAAAUCAAGAUAUUCAUGGUGAACCUGACAGUAGCUGACCUGCUCUUCUUGGUUACGAUGCCUAUGUGGAUUGUUUACUAUCACCACCAUGGAGACUGGAUCAUGCCUGAGUUCCUCUGUAACGUGGCUGGCUGUUUAUUUUUCGUUAACACCUACUCUUCUGUUGCCUUUCUGAUGGUCAUCACAUACAACCGCUACCAAGCCGUGACUAAUCCCAUUAAAGCUGCUCAGUUUACCACCCAGAGAAGGGGUAUCUACUUAUCAGCAGCUAUCUGGAUCAUAAUAGUGGGCAGCUCUUUGUAUUACCUUUUUGACAAUAAUACUAACCAGCAGGAGAUCAAUUUGAAGAAUUUCACGCGAUGCUUUGAGCACUAUGACACUUCUAGCAGUGUUUCAGCUGUUCUUGCCAUUCAUGUCAUCAUCUGCAUCCUCUUCUAUAUAAUUUUCCUUUUUAUACUAGGUUGGAACAUCAUCAUUAUCAGGACCCUGUUCUCCAAAUCAGCGCAGCCACGGAAGAGUGCUCAUGUCAAGCAAAGGGCACUCUGGAUGGUUUGCACAGUGCUGGCUGUGUUCAUCAUAAGCUUUGUACCUCAUCACAUAGUGCACCUGCCCUGGACCCUGACUGUUCUGGAGCAGUGGAAGAAGGAAGAGUGUCAGUUGCGCCAACAACUGAAUGAUGCUCACCAGGUUACUUUGUGCCUCUUGAGUACGAACUGUGUGUUGGACCCAAUCAUCUACUGCUUCCUCACCAAGAAGUUCCAGAAGCAUCUUUCAGAAAAUCUGAAAAGCAUGAAAGGGAGUCGCAAGUGCUCCAGGCAAACCACGGACACAGUGAUUGAGGGCACCAUUCACCAAGAGGAUGCCAUCAGGAUCUAGGUCAGCUCUGUUCUGAUUGCAGACUGAGAUGUGUUAGUCAUUCAUCUUUUCUCAAGAGGCACUGAGGAACACAACAGAGGACCAGGAUAUGACAUUUCCUUUUCCCCAUUAGACAGAAGAAUGGAUGCUCAUUUGUCCCAUCACAUGCAACUGGCAGAACUGGAACCUGUAAUAAUCUGACAGAAAAGCACCUUCCGUCUGGGCUGAUGUUCUCACGGGCACUGAGAACACCUCAGCUCAUCUGCUUUCACAUGAAAGAAAUGUCAUUGAGUCUCUGCAGUGAGUAGCUCGAAGCUAACUGCACUGAAAUUAUCUAGUGUCAGCCCAGAUAGCACCAUUCCUGGUCCUCUGCCUGCCCAACUACAUGAAGAAUCCAGUAUCAGAGCUAUAAGAGACUUCUAAAAGACCUGGAAGAACAGACAGCUGCUGGCAUCGUCAAGUGACUUUUCUAAGCAGCUUGCACGGUUCUGUGAAGAGAGACUGAGAUGAAGAAGCUCUUCCUUCUUCUAGAAGGAACGUAGUCCGAGUUCCUCAAAUGCCAUCAAAGAAGAGAUCUGCACCUCUGAUCUCUACUUACCUACUCGCAUGGUCUGCUGGGGUCCAUACUUGACAGAUGUCUGGGAGUAGCUAUUACAAACUUUUACCUGUGCUCCCAGCUCUUGAAUCAGUGAAGUAACUGGACUGGUACGCAAGAAAAGGAAGAGAAAUUGCCAGUGCCUCAGCCCCCAUUCCCAAAUCAGCAUUAUGUCAAAAGGGGACUGUUGUCUGCCCUGGCUUCUUGUAUGAUAGCAGAACUGGCAAACCAGUGGUCUCUUGCACUCAGUUUAGUAAUUUUUGGCUGACUGCAUGUGGCUGUGGAGAUCUCACUUUGGAGGCUCCAGAUAACAGCUUGUUGUCAGAAUGGGCAUUACAACAAUAAGAAAAAAAAAUCCUUAAAACACUUCAGUAUCUUUUUCUUUAAAUUAGGGUUGUAGUAAAUAACUGUACAUUAUUCCUUCCCCCAGCCUUUCUAUUUCUGCUGCAAAGAAAUGAAGCUGACUAGUUCUUGAUAUCCUACCAGAAGUGAAGUAUUAGGUCAGGUCAUAGCCACUGGAGUAAAGCAGUGCCGGGAAGACUGGAGACUCCUCGCUCAGGGCUGGCUGCUGUCAGUUGGGGCCCGGGGCAAAGUGGUUUUCCAGGGUGCUGAGCUCUGUUACCAAUCAUGAGACACUUGAGGUUCCUUUUCUGACCAAAAUUGCUCAAUCCAGCACAGGAAAUUGGGCAGGGAAGGGAACUUACUUGUUUUCACAACAGUUUUUGGUUCCCUAAACUACAUGGGAGAGUCUGGUUGAUGACUGGAAAAGUGUAUCUGACCUGUGACACUGAUUAUUCAUAUGCACGGACUUCCUACGCCCACCAGAGAAUGUGAAAGAUAAGCUCAAGUCUUUCCAAAGACAGGAUCAACGUCUGUAUCAGACUUUGCCUAUAUUCAGUGGAGAUACGGGUCCUUCAGGUGUAUCUCCUGAAGAUCCUCAGCCAGCUUACUUGUGUGAAUGAGCCUAAGAACUAAGGCGUUUCUUUUCCUAAUGCCAUCUGCCAGGGCCAGCCAUGCACUCCAGACCCAGUGCCAGGCAGAGGAAAGAAUCUGAUCACAACGUGAAUGCAUUUCCCUCCUGGUCCUGGACUUUGCUCCAGUAAUGGCCACCCAUAAGUAACAUCUGCUGGCACCUUUUAGCAGAGAAUUCCCUGUGUCCCUCAGCCACAAUCACAGCUUUGCCCUAAACCUGCAGUCAUCUGAGCCACAGCACACAGCAAGGGGGCUAAUUUUUGUCAUUUAAAAGCUUAAAUCCUGCUUGUGGAGGAAUGUGUCUCUAUUUCUGCCCUCCCCAGACGGCACGUUCUGGCUGAGGAGCUCUUGCAGCUGGCAGAUGGGAUGGAGCUUUCCUCCUUUCCCCUUGCCACCCCAUACGAUAGCAGAGCUCUCUUGCUUCACAGCCCCUAAAGCACUGAACAGAUGGAGUUUGGCAACUCUUAGAGGAAAUGGAAAGGGAUUUUAUGCAGCGAUCUGGUAAAUGCAUGAUUUUCUAUUGAUUCCUGGAAAGCUUGCAACAGAGUUUACAGUUCAGGCUACUUACUGUGGGUAAAUAACAUGCUUUACUCCACAGAAAACAGCUGUAAGGCCAGCGUGGGCUCAGAGAACAAAUGUAAACUUGCAUCUGAGGAAAGGGGUAAGUGGAGGAAAAAAGCCCCGAGGGCACUUCAGGAGGAUACGUGGCAGUAAUUCAGUCAGUAACAACGCGUUUCUAAAAACCAGUCUGAGCUACUACCGUUCCUGGAAUGGCUUUCUCGGUCUGACCGCAAUGUUGCAUUACUCUGCUUCACUUUGUAAUAAAAUGCAUCGUCAAAAGUUCUUUUAAAUAAACCGUGUUCCCCAGGUACUUCGCCCUUCAACUUCUCCCACCUUCUGAACUUUGUUUAUACCCAAGGGAAGAGCCUCGGUACCACGCUGACACAGCUUGAAUUUGGUGGUUUUUUAAAAAAAUCACCACGUGAACUCUUGGGAGAGGCGAAGUUAAAGGCUCAGCAAGUUUUGACCAACUGAAAGGGGAAAGAAAUCAUUUCAGAGGAAACAACUUGUAAAGAAGCUGCGAGCGUUCUGCACAACCCAGCACAACCGCCGAACGGGCAUCGCGCGGCUCCGGCACCGCGGCUGAGAAGGGACAAACUGUUUUAAGUAACUCGCACUGCAACACCCCCCGCAGUAAGGCAGCGCACCGCAGAGACGGCCCGACAAGCCGAACAGCAGCCAAACCCACAGGCCGCCAGCAGCAGCGGUAGCUCCGGGCCGGGCCGGGCCGGGCGGCUGAAGCGCCGCUCACCGGACGCUGGCGGGACCCGUUACCGCUCCAAGGCGGCGGCCGGGCGCGGCCCCCGAUAGGCCGCAGGGCCGGUCCCUCCGCCGUGACCCCGCCCCCGGCCGCCUUCGGGUCGGUGGCGUCACUUCCGUCGCCGCGCGCUCUGCUUCCGGGCGGCGCUGCGGCGGGCGGGGGCGAGGAGGCGCGGGGCCGCCGCUGCCAUGUCCGCUGCGGGACGCGCUCCCGGGCCCGGGUCCGGAGCCGCCUCUCGGCUUUGAAGACUGCCGAGGAACACACGAGUUGAAUCAUUUAAGCAUUAGAAUAGUAAUACCCAUGGAAGAGCCACAAGACUUACCCGAACAACCAGU